AUGAAUUUUGGGGGUUUCCUUGAUAACAAUUCCGGCGGCGGAGGUGGUAGUGGCCGCGGCGGUGAUGGCGGCUCAAGAAUAGCUACCGAUGUAACUUAUAGCAACGGCAACAACAUGGCCACUGGCGCCAUAGCUCAGCCACACCUUGUCUCUCAGUCUCUCUCCACCAAGACUAUGUUCAACUCACCUGGACUCUCUCUUGCCCUUCAAACGGGCAUGGAGGGGCAAGGAGAGGUGGCAAGAAUAGGGGAAAAUUAUGAAUCAAGCAUUGUUGGUGGCAGAAGAAGUAGAGAUGAAGAACAUGAAAGCAGAUCUGGGAGUGAUAACAUGGAGGGUGCAUCAGGUGAUGAUCAAGAUGCUUCAGACAAACCUCCGAGGAAGAAAAGAUACCACCGACACACGCCCCAACAAAUCCAAGAACUUGAAGCUCUUUUCAAGGAGUGUCCGCAUCCAGAUGAGAAGCAAAGAUUGGAGCUUAGCAAGAGGCUAUGUUUGGAGACUAGACAAGUGAAGUUUUGGUUUCAGAAUAGAAGAACUCAAAUGAAGACACAACUUGAACGCCAUGAGAAUUCGAUACUUAGGCAAGAGAAUGACAAGUUAAGAGCUGAGAAUAUGUCGAUUAGGGAGGCGAUGAAGAAUCCUAUCUGCAACAACUGUGGUGGUGCUGCUAUAAUUGGCGAAAUAUCCCUUGAAGAGCAGCAUCUAAGAAUUGAGAAUGCUAGGCUAAAGGAUGAAUUAGAUCGCAUUUGUUCGCUUGCCGGAAAGUUUUUGGGCCGUCCCUUUUCAUCAUUCGCAUCUAACAUAGGACCACCAAUGCCAAACCAGAGUUUGGAAUUUGGAUUUGGAAGCAAUGGAUUUGGAGACUUGAAUGUUGUUCCUACGACACUGCCUUUAGGACCUCAUGAUUUUGGUGUUGGAAUUACGAGUCCUUUGCCCGAUAUGCCUCAAACUAAGGUGACCAUGAAUGUAACGCCUCUCGAGAGAUCAUUGGAGAGGUCGAUGUAUUUGGAGCUUGCAUUAACAGCAAUGGAUGAACUGGUUAAAAUGGCACAAACUGAUGAACCCCUUUGGCUAAGGAACUUGGAAAAUGGAAAGGAAAUACUCAACGAUGAAGAAUAUAUGAGAGCUUUCACUCCUUGCAUUGGUAUGAAACCCAAUGGAUUUGCGACUGAAGCUUCGAGGGAGACAGGGAUGGCGAUCAUCAACAGUCUAGCACUUGUUGAGACCUUAAUGGACUCGAACAAAUGGCAAGAGAUGUUUCCAUGUAUGAUUGCCAGAACCUCAACUACUGAUGUAAUAUCAAAUGGCAUGGGUGGGACCAGAAAUGGCGCGCUUCAGAUCAUGCAUGCUGAACUACAAGUACUAACGCCACUGAUGCCGGUUCGAAAGGUUGAUUUUCUCCGGUUUUGCAAGCAGCACGCAGAAGGCAUUUGGGCAGUCGUGGAUGUGUCGAUUGAUGCCAUUAGAGAAGCUGCAGGUGCACCUACAUUUCCAAACUGCAGAAGGCUUCCUUCUGGCUGUGUGGUGCAAGAUAUGCCAAACGGCUACUCAAAAGUUAUAUGGUUAGAACAUGCCGAAUACGAUGAGAGCGUGGUUCAUCGGCUCUAUCGACAUUUGAUUAGUUCGGGCAUGGGAUUUGGCGCGCAGAGGUGGGUGGCAACUCUUCAACGACAAUGCGAAUGUCUCGCCAUUCUUAUGUCCUCCACUGUCCCGAGCCGAGAUCAUACAGCAUUAACUCCAAGUGGAAGGAGAAGCAUGUUGAAGCUCGCCCAGCGCAUGACCGACAACUUUUGUGCUGGCGUUUGCGCUUCGACGGUUCACGAAUGGAACAAAUUCUCCGCUGGUAAUGUCGAUGAAGAUGUCAGGGUCAUGACCCGGAAAAGCAUGGAUGAUCCGGGCGAGCCAUCUGGUAUUGUUCUGAGUGCCUCUACUUCGGUUUGGCUGCCGGUUUCCCCUCACAGACUGUUUGAUUUCCUCCGCGACGAACGUCUCCGGAGCGAGUGGGACAUAUUAUCCAAUGGUGGCCCCAUGCAAGAGAUGGCACACAUUGCCAAAGGCCAAGAUCAUGGCAACUGUGUUUCCCUUCUCCGUGCAAGUGCAAUGAAUUCGAACCAGAGGAGCAUGCUCAUACUUCAGGAGACUUGCAUCGAUGCAGCGGGAUCACUCGUGGUUUAUGCACCGGUCGACAUUCCAGCAAUGCACGUGGUGAUGAACGGUGGGGAUUCGGCUUAUGUGGCGUUACUUCCAUCGGGAUUUGCGAUCGUGCCUGAUGGGCCAGGGUCUCGUGGACCGACGAUGGAUGGGGGUUCUGGCCAUAGGGCAAGUGGCUCAUUGUUAACCGUGGCAUUUCAAAUUUUGGUUAAUAGUCUGCCUGCUGCCAAGCUCACGGUGGAGUCGGUUGAGACCGUCAACAAUCUCAUCACGUGCACAGUGCAGAAAAUUAAGGCUGCCCUUAAUUGUGAAAGUUGA